GACCCAGUAGUGAAGCGCCCCGGGACCGGGAGGAGGCAGAGCUCCGGGAUUGGCUGCUUAAAGGGAGUGAGCUGAAGGUAGAGAGCUGCACAGGUCGCACUGACGCCACACCGGAGAGAAGAAGAAGAAGGAUGCUGCUAUAAGACACAGUCGGCUCACAUCCCCAUGCAGUAAACCGAGGUGUUGCGCCGUCUCUCGUCCAGCUUAAAGCAAUCUCCGCGUUAUGGAUUAGAGGGAAAGGUCGAGGAGAGAAGCCACCGUAAAUCCCCGCGGUGUGUUAUCCGGAUUUACAGCGUUGGAUAAGGCGAAAUUGGCCUCGAGCGACCGACUCGGGACGAUGGAAGCGAACAUGCGCAAAUUCACCGUACGGAGGUGGUUCUCGGUUUACCUGCGCAAGAAGUCGCGCUCCAAAAGCUCCAGUUUGUGCAAACUCGAGGAUGACAGCAUCCUGAAAGAGAUUGAUAUAAGCAGCCAUGUGAAGGAAGGAUUCGAGAAAGCUGACCCAUCACAGUUCGAGCUGCUUAAAGUGUUGGGACAGGGAUCCUACGGCAAGGUAUUUCUGGUGAGAAAAAUUAAAGGCUCAGACACUGGGCAGCUCUAUGCCAUGAAGGUGUUAAAAAAGGCCACACUGAAAGUGCGUGACAGGGUGCGAUCCAAAAUGGAGAGGGACAUUCUUGCUGAAGUGAAUCAUCCCUUCAUAGUGAAACUUCACUAUGCUUUUCAGACUGAGGGAAAACUGUACCUCAUCCUGGACUUCCUAAGAGGAGGCGAUCUCUUCACACGGCUCUCCAAAGAGGUCAUGUUCACUGAGGAGGAUGUGAAGUUCUAUCUGGCUGAGCUGGCUUUAGCUCUGGACCAUCUUCACAGCCUGGGAAUUAUCUACCGUGACCUCAAGCCAGAAAACAUUCUUCUUGAUGAGGAGGGACAUAUAAAGAUCACUGAUUUCGGUCUGAGUAAAGAAUCGAUAGAUAAUGACAAGAGAGCAUACUCGUUCUGUGGGACCAUCGAGUACAUGGCCCCAGAGGUCGUCAACAGGAGAGGACACACACAAAGCGCAGACUGGUGGUCAUUUGGCGUGUUGAUGUUUGAAAUGCUGACCGGAUCUCUGCCAUUUCAAGGCAAAGACCGCAAGGAGACCAUGGCACUUAUUCUCAAGGCAAAGCUUGGCAUGCCACAAUUCUUAAGCCCAGAGGUGCAGAGCUUACUUCGAGCCCUUUUUAAAAGAAAUCCAACCAACAGAUUAGGAGCUGGACCUGAUGGAGUGGAAGAAAUCAAAAGGCACCAUUUCUUUGCAAACAUAGACUGGAAUAAAUUAUACAGGAAGGAGAUCAAACCUCCGUUUAAACCAGCAGUUGGCAGACCUGAGGACACUUUCCAUUUCGACCCUGAAUUUACUUCCCGCACACCAACAGACUCACCCGGUGUUCCUCCCAGUGCUAAUGCCCAUCAGCUUUUCCGUGGUUUCAGCUUUGUGGCCUCCAAUCUAGGACAGGAGCAGUGUAUAACAGAGACCAGACCCAACUCUAUUAAUCCUAUAGUGCAGCAACUUCAUAGCAACAACAUCCAUUUCACUGACAGCUAUGACGUAAAAGAGGACAUCGGCGUCGGCUCGUAUUCAGUAUGCAAGCGCUGCGUACACAGAAUCACCAGUGUGGAAUAUGCUGUUAAAAUCAUAGACAGAGCUAAGAAGGACCCAUCUGAGGAGAUUGAGAUCCUGUUACGAUACGGACAGCACCCCAACAUCAUCACUCUGAAAGACGUCUAUGAUGAUGGGAAGUUUGUGUAUCUGGUAAUGGAACUGAUGCGUGGAGGCGAGCUGCUCGACCGCAUCCUGCACCACAAGGGCUUCUCAGAGAGAGAGGCCUCUGCUGUGCUCUGCACCAUAACCAAGACUGUGGAGUAUCUGCACUCACAGGGGGUUGUACAUCGAGACCUAAAGCCGAGCAAUAUCCUGUACGUGGAUGAGACAGGUGACCCGGAGUCGAUAAGGAUCUGCGACUUCGGCUUCGCAAAACAACUCCGGGCUGAAAACGGCCUCCUCAUGACCCCUUGCUACACUGCCAACUUUGUGGCUCCGGAGGUUCUGAAGAAGCAGGGAUACGACGCUGCUUGCGACAUCUGGAGUCUGGGAAUCUUACUGUACACCAUGCUGGCAGGGUUCACGCCCUUCGCCAGUGGACCCGAUGAUACCUCCGAGGAAAUCUUGGCUCGAAUCGGCAGUGGCAAAUACACUCUCUCUGGGGGCAACUGGGACAUGGUGUCUGAUGCUGCUAAGGACAUCGUGACUAAAAUGCUGCAUGUGGACCCUCACCAGCGGCUCACUGCCCCUCUGGUCCUCCGUCACCCCUGGAUCGUAAACCAAGAGCAGUUAUCUCUGAGUCAGCUCACGCGACAAGAUGUGCACCUGGUCAAGGGAGCAAUGGCUGCUACAUAUUCAGCUCUUAACCGAACGCCGCAGGCUCCAAAGCUCGAGCCUGUCCUUGCUUCAUGUCUGGCUCAGAGAAGAGGAAUGAAGAGAGUGACGUCCACUUGCUUGUAGCAUACGAUCUAACUGCACCACCUACAGGCCCUGAAAAUAUACAAGUGUCAAGCCUGGGAGAAGAAACCAGGCAGUCAUCAAUGCACACAGUGGGGCAAACCUCGAAGAUGAGCAACGGUAAAAUUUUAGCCCACGUAUACAGCUUUAGAGAAGUGUGCAGCAAAAAACUGCUCACGUUAACUCCGAGGACGCUGAGAUUCGAUCCUGCUCUAAUCCUACAAUGAGACAGUGGAGUGAUGUUAGUGAGUUAGAUCAUAUCACCACCCAAGAGCACAAAUAACAUAACCCACAAGCUCAAGCUGUGAAGGCUGUCAUGUGCCAUGAGCCAUGUCAAAACGUUUGGACCUGACUGCUGUCAUAUUGCGCCAGAUUGCCGUCAUUCACCGUAUAGCACUGGCUAAAAUAAACGGACACUAAACAUCGACAUAUUUAGUGGACAGCAAGAUUGUAGCGCAUGUUGAAACACUGAAGCUCUUAAAGGAAUAGUUCAGCAGGGAAAAAAAUGUACAAACGAAGAGUUAUCCCUUUGCUCACAUGUGAUAAGUCCUUUUAAUGUUUACUUCUUGAGAUAUGCACUGGACUUCUACCACUAAUACUACUAACAAGGAAAAUGCAAAGCCACCGGUCCACAAAUUGGUCCUCUAGUUCUCUCAAAUAGAAAAAUGAUCCUUGUGUCCUUUUUUUUUUUUUUCAGAACAGAACUUUUCCUUUAGAGGUGAGCCCUAUAAAAUAAAUGCUUUUUUGGCUAGCUCAGGUGUUCAGCAUUCAGCACAGUGAAUUUACAUAACCACAACAGAACAAGCAAUAUUAAGUUCCAAACAACGUAAAGACAGGACUAUAGAAGAUGCCAGCAUUAUUGACAUUUCUUUAUCUAAUUCCAGCAUGCAUGCAGUCUAAGUAGUUUUCUGAAUGAAAAAAAGGAUAUGGUUCAUUUUUGUCUUCUUAUUGCUUUAUAGUGAACCGCUUUAAAAAACUGAUAUUUUUUAUUUUUAUUUUAACACCAUUUCCAAGUUUAUAAAUGUAUUAAAAUGUUUUUGCUGGGGGAAAAAUUACGUAUUUAUUUUUAAAUUAUUUUAUUUAUUUGAAAUCAUCUCAUGAAAUUUGGCUUGAAUAAUAAUCAUCUUUUCAUGAUUUUUUUUUUUUUUUUUUUUACUAUUUAUUAAUUUCACCUGCUUGUUUGUUUGGUUUAUUUACUUGUUUUAGAAGUGCACUUGAUAGGGUUUUGUUCGACAAGUGAAGAUUGUAAAUAAGUGCCCAAGUUUUGCACUAACCUUCGUACUAAAAUAUGGGAUUAAAUAUAUGCAGACAAUUCUGAGAUUUCUGUGAAAUGGAAUUAAAUGUGAUCGAUAUUUUUAGACAGCUUGUUUAGCUUGUGUUUUUGGGGGUUUUUUUUUGCCUAAUCUUAGCCAUGAUAAAGCUUGUUUGUUUAUGCGCAUUUGUUUCAGAUUUUAGAUUUAUUAUAUUCAUUAGCUCUAUUGUACAGAAUAUUUUUUGUUCGUUUGAUAUACUACAUGGCCUUCACCUUACCCAUUGACCUCAGAAAUGAGCCUUAUGCUUUAAUUCAAAACAAUGACACAUUAUUCCUUUAUUCAUUUCUAUUUAUCGAAGGACAUUGAACUUAAUUCUGAACUUAUCCAUGUUUUUAUCAGGCUCUUGAACACCUACAGGUGAUAUUAUAUUUAUAUUUCCACUUAAGAUAGGAAGUAGUCAUCUUUUUUCUUUUUAAAUCACCGUAAAUUUCCUUUUUUAAUGGUUUGAAAAAAAAAAAGGAUUUCCUGUGUGUUCGUUAUCUUGCCAUAUCUUAGACCUUUCUCUUUUUUUGCCAAUUCCUUUGAAUGUGUAAUGAUGUUAAAUCUCAGAAUUACUCUUACCAUGCAAAUUAUGACAAUGUUGGAAAACUCUCAGAAAUAAAGGUAGCACACAAUACUUUUCCUUGUUGCAUUAGGGUGCAUCGUUUGUACCUUUAAUAAUCUCAGAAUGUGCAUAUGAUGUACCUUUAAUUAUCUUUUAUAGUAAAGCUUUAAAGGUACAUCAGUGGUCUUUUAGUUCCAGUUAUGUAUAAAGAUAUAUAUAAGGUAUGAAUGACAUCAGACACAAGGAAAAGUGCAUUUAAGCGCCUCUAUUUGUGAGAGUGUGGAUCAGGUGCAGAGGAAAAUGAACAACCAGAGUCACAUUGUUAUUUUUCCUUCACUUUGGCUUGCAUGCCAGCGAUUUCUA